UUUUCUCUGUUUGUUUUCGUACGCCUGACGCUUCUUUGAAUCGAUCCACCCGUCCGGCCGUCGUCACCUCCGCCUGUAACUACCGAUCCGUUUCACAGAAUCCGUAUACGCACCCCGAAACACUUAACGCAUAUUUAUACGUAUCUAUGGCUUCGAUUUCUUCGAGUCCUCGAAGUGUAGAGGACAUAUUCAAAGACUACACCGCUCGUCGGUCUUCUCUGGUUCGCGCUCUAACCAGCGAUGUGGAUGAUUUCUACGUGCAAUGUGAUCCAGGUAAGUUUUACUUUUCUACUUUUGCUUCUUUUUUCCUUUUUUUUUUCGGGGGAAUUCAAGGGAAGUUGGGGAGUAAUUGUUUGCGUGUGAGAGGUUGGUAGUGAGCUUAAGCGCUGUAAAUAGUGGAUUAUAUGAACUUAAGUGGUCCGUCUUGAUCAAGGCCUUUCGAGUUAAAUGGCUGGUUAGGUUUUAUAAAGGAGGAACUUUUAUUGGCUAAAUAGGCAAUUCACUUAAAAAGGAGAAACUUUAUUCAGGUAUGAUAGUUUUCAUCUCAGUUGUGCUUUGUACCAUUUAAAAGGUUGAUAAUUCAAAGUUGGUUUUCCUUUCUGAUUCAGAGUCUUCCUUUCCAAUCAGAUAUGAUUGUGUUUCUUUUUUUUUCCUCUUAAACAAGGGUGAUCAUGGUUUGGUUGCUGAGAAAAUAUAAUUUGGUUUCUGCUUUGUUUUUAGUUCUAGAGCUUGUGAUUUUGAUUUUGGCCUUUCAAUUCAAAUGUAAUGGUGCUUUUUCUUGUUUUUUUGAAGAGGGGAAUUUAUGUCUGGUCCCUAAGGUAGCUUAAAUAAGGCGAGCAAUAUUUAUUCAGGUGUAAUACAUUCAACAUUGCAAAUGGACUAUUAUUGUUGACACCUGCCUUCUAUUGGGCCUCAGGUUUGCAAUUUAAUCAUGGCCUUGCAAUUUAAAUUAUUUUUUGUUAUCUCUUAGAGAAGGAGAAUUUGUGUUUAUACGGGCACCCCAAUGAGUCAUGGGAGGUGGCUCUGCCAGCAGAGGAAGUUCCACCAGAGCUCCCUGAGCCAGCCUUGGGGAUUAAUUUUGCAAGAGAUGGAAUGCAUCGUAAAGACUGGCUUUCACUGGUUGCUGUGCAUAGUGAUUGUUGGUUGCUCUCUGUGGCUUUCUACUUUGGUGCUCGUCUUAAUCGCAAUGAUAGGAAGCGACUAUUUAGCAUGAUAAAUGAUCUGCCAACUGUAUUUGAAGUUGUUACUGGAAGGAAGCCUGUAAAAGACAAGCCCCCAGUGGAGAGCGGAAGCAAAGCCAGAAACAGUGCAAAGAGAUCAAUUGAUGGACAGCCAAAAGGCGAUUCCAAGUUAAUUGAAGAAAGCUACAAUGAUGAUGAAGAUGAACACGGUGAUACCCUUUGUGGGAGCUGCGGGGGAAGUUACAAUUCCGAUGAGUUUUGGAUUGGUUGUGAUAUCUGCGAACGGUGGUACCACGGAAAAUGUGUGAAGAUAACACCAGCAAAGGCAGAAAUGAUCAAGCAAUACAAAUGCCCUUCCUGCAGCACAAAGAAGGGAAGACAGUAGACUAACCUUAUCCAUUUUAUCACUAAUGUUGUUGUAAAUUGACAAUGUUUGUAUUUCCUUUGUCAAAUUGAAUGUCAAUCCAAUAUUGUUUUUUGUUUAGGUACAUGAAUAACACGUAGUUGCAUACAAAUCGAUGAUUCCAUAGGGCUUGGGAAGCUAUACUUUGUGUAGUUCCAUGCUACUUAACUGGUC